UCCACGGCUUAAAAGCGUAUAUUUCUAGUAAUAAACGAAUAAUUUGUUUAUAGGCAACGUUAUUACUAAAUAGAAAAUAUGAAACUUAGCAGGACCGCAAUUUGUUUUUAAACAUUUUUAAAGAGAAACUACUUUACAUAUUACUUUACUAUUAUAUUUUAAGUUAAGGUCUUUAACGUCUACUACGUAAAAAUUAAUUUGUAACGUUAUGGAUGUUCGCUUUCAAGCUGUUGCAAAAGAGCGUGAAAAGGCUUACACACGUCAAAUUGAGUGUCGCGAACAAACUCUUCUAAACCUUCGCCAACUUAUUGAAAGAGUUGAAAUUUGCCUGGAAGAACUAAAAGAUAAAAACACCGUGGGCCUAGACUUAAAUGAAUUAAAUGAUUACGUUAAACAAGUUAGCAAACCGCUUAUAUCUCACCACCGUCAACUGUACGGAGCAGUGUCUAAACUCUCUAAAAGCAUUGAUAAGCAUUUUCAAACGGACUUGAAGAUAUUAGCUAAUCCUUAUGUUUUUGAAAAUAAAAAGGAAAAUUUAAAUAAAACUUUAGCCGAACAUCUUUUCCGGCAAGGUCGAUUUGAAAUCGCGGAAACUUUUAUUACGGAGUCCGGAACAAAAUUUGAUUCAAAAGGUAAAGCACCUUUUUUAAAAAUGUAUUGGAUAGUAGAGGCCUUUAAGAAGAAAAAUCUAGACCCAGUUUUAAGCUGGAUCUCGGAGAACAAAGAUGCUUUAAAAAAAAUAAACAGCGACUUUGAAUUUAAAGUUCAUCAACUAAAAUACAUAUGGUUGAUGACUACGGAAAAGGAUGUACAAAAAAGCCUGGCGUACGCCAAGAUUCAUUUCUACCGAUUCCUACCAUCCCACUCUCGAGAAAUCCAGAAGCUUAUGGGCGCUUUGAUUUACUUUGGGAGAUUAGAGCAAUCCCCUUAUCAGUACAUGACCCAAGAUUCCAGUUGGACAGAUAUGUCAGUCCGGUUUACUCGCGACUAUUGUCGUCUUCUGGGCCUCUCCGUUGAAUCUCCGUUAGCAACAACGGUUACUCUGGGGACGAGGGCUAUUCCGAAGCUACUAAAGACUUUAAGCGUUAUGAAAAACAAUACUCGUUUUUGGACGCAGACGGAUAAGCUUCCUUUGGAAUUGGAACUUGAAGAACAAAAUCAACACCACUCCUUGUUUGUGUGUCCCGUCUCUCGCGAAUUGGCCACGGGCGAGAACCCCCCCGUGAUGCUGCCUUGCGGUCAUGUUAUUGCCAGAAAUUCUCUAACUCUUUUAAUCAAAACUAAUAAAUUCAAGUGUCCUUACUGUCCUUCCAUAGAGAGUGAAGCCGUUAAAGUUAUAUUUUAG